UCUAACCAACUCGGCUCUUCGUGUCUGUAUGGUAAUCUAAGACCAUGAUUAACCCGGGGUUCUUAGAGUGAAGUUCUUACCGGAAGUUAAGAAACUGUUUCUUAGCUUUUAACUAAAAAAACUAAGAACCGGUUCUUAAAUAAGGACUUUAAGAACCGGUUCUUAGUUUUUUUAGUUAAAAGUUAAAGAAACGAGUUCUUAUAUUCCGUUAAGAGCCCCGUCCUAAGAACCCCCAUUAAUCAUGCUCUAAUCCCUACGUACGACAAGUUGUCCUAAUCUUUCUCUUCCCCGAUCAUCAUCUUCUUCGUCCCUCACGAUGGCGACUCCAAGAUCACCGGCGACAGCAUGCAAAGCAUACAAGUCCCUCGUCACCAAAUUGCAUCCCCUCUCUUCUCAUCUCGAAUCCGACUCCAACGCCGAUUCCGCAAUCCAUCUGGAGGAGAAAUUCGCGGAGGAUGAUGACCUGACCGCUGCUAGAAAAGGUCUACGGUUACAGAGCAUGGACGAUAGCUCCGUCUUCAAACGCCGUUCUUCUUCUCUGCGAUCAAACUCCAGCAGCCGUCGCAGCCACACGCCGCAAGCUCGUCCCACGUACCUCUCAUCCUCCUCCUCCUCCUCUUCAAACCGCCGGUCUUUUUUCUCCAGAAGCACCAGCCGCGGUCACAAAUCGCGCCCCGUCUCGAACAACGCGAGCCCCAUGACGUCGUCACCGAGCCCGACAGGGAAAGAUCAAACGUUAGCUGAUUUGUUCGGCGACGUGGAAGGACUCACGUCUCCUCCUCCUCGUAUGAUUACGAAGAGCCGUAGCAAGAGAGAUAAAGAGAACAGCGGCUCGUCGGCCACGUCUGUGGCGUUUAGGAAGAGCAAGAGCACGAGGGAUACGGUUGGAUCGAUGGGGAGGAGCUCCACGCCUAUUGUUUUCUCGCAGUCGACGCCGCCGAAAAAGCCGCCGGCUGUGGAGAAAAUGCUCGAGUGUACGUUGGAAGAACUCUGCCAUGGGGGAGUCAAGAACAUCAAGAUCACUAGAGACAUCAUCACCGAUGAAGGAUUGAUUAUGAAACAAGAAGAGACGUUAAGAGUGAACAUCAAACCAGGAUGGAAGAAAGGGACCAAGAUCACAUUCGAAGGAGUAGGGAACGAGAAACCUGGCUACCUCCCGGAAGACAUCACAUUUGUGGUUGAAGAAAAGAGACACUCUCUGUUCAAAAGCCGUGGAGAUGACUUAGAGAUUGCGGUAGAGAUACCUCUCCUAAAGGCUUUAACGGGGUGUAAUCUCUCUGUGCCGUUAUUGAGUGGUGAGUCAAUGUCAAUAUCUGUAGGAGAAGUGAUCUUUCAUGGAUUCGAGAAGGCGAUCAAAGGUCAAGGUUUGCCAAAUGGUAAAGAAGAUGGUAAACGUGGAGAUUUGAUAAUAACGUUUUUAGUGAGUUUCCCUAAAGAGUUGAGCGAGGAACAUAGAUCAAUGGCCUAUGAGGUUUUGAAAGAUUGUUCCUGGGUGUAAUGGUUGGUUACUAUAUAUGGGGUCCAUUCCAUUCACUUCAUGUCUUUAUGUGUAUUCUUGUUUGUAUAUAAGAUUCACAAGUUGAGGCUUUAAAGUUGUGACUUGUUGACACUAGGCUGUUUUUAUAUGAAUCUUGCUGUGGAUGAUACCAAUUGUUCUUUUAGUUU